AUGAAAAAUGAGAGGUAUAACUUUUCACAAAUUGGUCAUGCUCUACUUUUAUUGAUUGGGGAUGAUGGUUGUGGAAAAACAUCUUUAAUUUAUAGAAUGGUAAAUGGAACUUUUCCAACAGGCAAUAUUCCGAAAUUGUUUGGAAGCUAUUGUGCAAAUGUACAAUUUGGGAGCAGUUUAAUAAACAUGGAAAUAUGGGACUCAUGCAAUACACAGCAUAAUAAUUCUCUUUGUAAUCCUCAAACAAGCUGCAUCAUUUUAUGUUUUUCAAUAUCAAAUAGAGAUUCAUUUAAUAGGUGUUUAGUUAAUUACCAAGCAGAGAUUCAACUAAACCUCCCAAACACACCAGUAAUUUUGGUUGGUACUAAAGCAGACCUUUAUGAAGAUCCAAUAUAUAUAAAAGAUAAUUUAAUUACAAAUAGCGAAGGUGUUGAAAUGGCAAGUAAAAUAAAUGCAGUACAAUAUAUAGAGACAUCUGCAUUAAGUGAUAUCAAUGUAAUGAGGGUUUUUGAAGUCGCUUCAACAGUUUCAAUCAAUCGUAAAAAUAACAAACAACAUGAUAAUACAAAUGGAAAUAAAAAUAAAUGUAUAAUAAAUUAA